CAAAAUCGAGUAGGAAACUGACUUUCCUAUACUUGGCAAACGAUGUCAUCCAGAACAGUAAGAGGAAAGGUCCUGAAUUCACUAGGGAAUUUGAAUCUGUUCUUGUGGAUGCUUUUUCUCAUGUUGCCAGAGAAGCAGAUGAGGGCUGCAAAAAGCCCUUGGAACGACUGCUUAACAUCUGGCAGGAAAGGAGUGUGUAUGGCAGCGAGUUCAUACAGCAGCUGAAGCUGUCCAUGGAAGACUCCAACAGCCCCCAGACUAAAGUUGCAGAGGAGAAGAAGUCUUUAAAGCGGACUUUUCAGCAAAUCCAAGAGGAGGAAGAUGAUGAUUACCCUGGGAGCUACUCACCCCAAGACCCCAGUGCUGGGCCGCUGCUGACUGAGGAUUUGAUCAAAGCCCUACAAGACCUGGAAAAUGCAGCAUCAGGAGAUGCAACAGUGAGACAAAAAAUUGCCUCCCUGCCUCAGGAAGUUCAAGAUGUUUCAUUACUGGAGAAAAUUACAGACAAAGAGGCAGCCGAGCGUCUUUCGAAGACCGUGGACGAAGCGUGCCUGUUACUGGCAGAGUACAACGGGCGGCUGGCGGCGGAGCUGGAGGACCGGCGCCAGCUGGCACGCAUGCUGAUCGAGUACACCCAGAAUCAGAAGGAUGUCUUGACAGAGAAGGAGAAGAAGCUAGAAGAAUAUAAGCAGAAGCUUGCUCGGGUAACCCAGGUCCGCAAGGAGCUGAAAUCCCACAUCCAGAGCCUUCCAGAUCUGUCCCUGCUGCCCAAUGUCACAGGAGGUCUGGCACCUCUGCCGUCUGCUGGUGACCUGUUUUCAACAGACUAGAACAAAUGCUGUCCCCAAGUUUCCAUUAUUACCAGCAGAAGUAAGAAGACUCUGGUGUUGACUGGAAAGCCAGUCUUCCAAGAUCUACAGUAGGAAGGAACUUGCAGACCCUGCUUUCAACCUCUUGGCUGCUCCUGCUCGCCCUCUCUCUGGGUGCACUGGCUCACGUUGAGGGGAGGAAGAAGAGCGAGUGUUUGUGAGCUCUCAAGGCCGCGGGGAUAGUCCUCAUAGGCAAACUUUUCUCAUUUUUCCAUACUCUUUAGUUGCUAUUUGCUCUUAGCACUUGUUACCCCCACAAAAGUCAUGAGAAUUAUGUACAUACAUACCUGGAACGUUUUCAAAGAAAGGUUGACCACAUAACAUUUUUCUCUGUAAAAAUAUUGUAUUAUUUCUGUAU